AUGGCCAAGACCUGCAUGAACCAGCGCAAGCCCAAGAGGGGAACCCUGCGCCUGACCAAGCGCGCCGCCCAGAAGAAGCCGGUUCAGAGGAAGCCCGCGGCUGCAGGCGUCAAGUACACGCCUGAUGCACAGAACACCUCGGCGUCGGAGCCUCGGUACAAUCGGCAGACGCUGGACGCCGUCCUGCUGGACAUGGUGGAUUUCACGCCGAAGCAGCUCAUUCUGAAGUUGCGGAAGAUGGGUUUCCUCCCCGACGUGCAUCACUGCAUGAAGUGCGGGUCGAAGACGUGGAAGACUGCGGACAAGGCGUGCGCCCCUGUCUUGGGCGGGGGCGAGCACGAGUGGCGGUGCACCAAGAAGGCGUGCCGAUUCAAGCAGCACGUGCUCACGCAGUCGCCGCUCUUCAGCGCUGGGAGGGGCCCCAGCUCCACGCCCCUUCGCAAGCAGGUGGUGGUCUUGCACGGAAUUGCCUGGAACGUGAAGCCCCACGUGAUCCGUGCCCAGACUGGUCUGACAGCGAACCGCAUUGAGACGGUGCAAGCGAGCUGGCGGAACUUGCUGAAGGACUUCGUCAUCCACGUCCAGCGGAAGCUCAAGGCUGGCGGCAACGGCGUGAUCGUCGAGGCGGACGAGGCUGUGCUGAGGAAGGAAUCGAUCGACGACUCCUCGGUGAAGUGGGCUGGCGUGGUCGGCGUGAAGGCGCGGGGGCAACGCCAGAGCCUAGCCCUCGUCCAGACGACUGCGACCUCGAAGCGGCGCGCCGCCAAGGGGCGCGCGGCGCCCAUGAAGCGCCCAGCCGCCGCUGCCAAGAAGCCCGCCGCGGUCAUCAGGCGGCCGUCUGCUGCCACGAGAAAGCCAGCUGGCCGUUUGGGGUGGGCUUGUCCCCCGCCUUUGGACAACGAGACGUGGGGCGAGGUGGCGAGCAACCACUUUGCCAAGGAGUCCAUCUUGUCCACGGACGGCGCUCUGGCGUACAAGGCCGUGGACGUCGGCGAGAAGGCCAAGAUCGCGGUUAAUCACUCCUCCAAGAACGGCGGGCCUUACUUCACAAAGGAGACGGAGGUCGACGGCAAGGGCGUCGUCGCUGGCACGCAGUCGUUGGACAGCAUAUGGGGCCACUUGAAGAAGAAGCUCGUGGGCAUCAACGCCAACAAGCCGCAGGCGAUUGCGCGGGCGCUGCGCGAGGGGCAGUGGUGCCAUUGGAUCGGCGUGGAGGACAGGUUCAAGGCCAUGGGGGACGUGAUCAAGUUUUGCCGCGACAACAAGAUCUUCAAGGCGUGA